GCUCGAUCUACUUCUCUCCUGCACACACAUAGAUCCCUUCCUCCUGUGCACAAUUCAUCACCAUGGUACUCCUCCCUUCACGCCAUCGUUGCCGACUUCCCUGUGCACCAUCACCGUUGCCAUAGACUCUUCUCCGCCUUGCGCCGCACCAGAUCGACCGUUCUCCCUGCGCACCGUCAUCCAUUCGUCUCUGUACAUCGCUGCCAGAUAUAUGGCGCUGGAGUUGUGACGACGGCGGCGGUGCUCUGGGUCGAAGUUAUGGCCCUGAAAUUGACAUUGACGAUAAUUUUGAUAAAAGCGGUGAUGGUGACCAAAGUGGCAGCGCCGACUGUGACGAUUGGGCGGCAAAGACGGCAGAGAAUAGUCGCGAUGGCGGCAGAUGGCGAUGCUGGUGGGCUUGCUAAGGAUGGAGACACCCGUGUAGGAGGCGGCGGUGAGGGUGGAUGGCUGGAGGCAGGCGACGCAAUCGUGGGGUGCUUUUCCAUUUGCGGUUGCCCAAAAUUUCGGCUCAUGGACCUUGUACAACGU